AUGGCUGAUUCAGCAAUGACCGGCGCCGGCGCCGGCGCCACAGGCGAACCCUUCACCCUCGAAGAACGCAUCCAACAGCUCUGUGAAAUCGACACAAGCAUAGUCCAGCUCAUGCAUCACACUUCCUCCGCCAUGUCCGCCCUUGGCGCCCAAAAGACCCCUGAAAUAAACCCCGAGCAGCAGAAGCAGACGUUCAAGUCGUCCAUGGACGCCCUCCUCUCCACCCUGCACACGGUCGACGUCCACAUGAAACGCCAGAUCAUGGGGCUCGAGGAGGCCGGCAUCAUCAAGCUCCGCGGCGAAGGCGGCGGCAGCGGCGGCCCCGGCGAGAAGAGCGUCGGCGGUCGCCAGGUCGUCAUGAACGAGGACGCAAAGAUCGUCGCCAGGCCCUCCCUCGAACCCAAUGGCGUCGGCACCAUUGGCAACCUCGACGUCGGCUGGCUCAACAGCCGCAACAACAAGGUCGAGCGUGACAUGGAGGCCGAGCUGUGGGCCAAGAUGAGGGAGUUCCUCGAGAGAUACCACUCGCAGGAGCAAGAAGCCAGCGGGGAGGUCAGCGAGAUGCAGCAGUGA